AUGAAGACCGCGGUCAGGCGGCUCGCGUGUCCGCGGCAGGUCUUCCGCUCGCUGGCCACCGAGGCGCAGGCCGCUGAGUCGGUUGCCUCGUCCUCGUCCAUGGACCCAGCGGCUGCCUGGUCUUCCGAACCACGUCGUGUCGACGAAACCGGGGAUGCGGUGUAUGUGCGCGCGUGGAACGACGUGAAGACCAUGCCGGAGAUGUUCGCGCUGCUUCGUGGGCUGGAAAUGAGAUUCGGGACCAUCAAGCGUUAUGACUUGAAGAGACGUCACCCAAGCGAUCCGAAUGAGUACACGGCGCAUUUCCAAGUCUUUUUUGAAGACCCAGAAGCUGUGAAACAGAUCCCCGAGAGCGGUACCAACCUCAAGGUCGUCGUCCCCAUCUUCCCCACCAACCAGCCCGGCGGCGUCGGGCUCGCCGAUCUCGAGAACCUGCUCACGCGAAGAGACCGCGACGGAAGUCAGAACCAGGGGCUCUAUGGCGCCGCGACCAUGGCCGUGCCGGAAGACCCCAAGAAGACCCAAGUCAUCGAGCUCAUCCUCCAACGCAACAAAGGCAGCAAGGCCAACGAUUAUUUGCAUCCAAGGUUCAUCAAGCAUCAGCAGAAUUUUGGCGCAAUCUUGUACCAGUGGGGCGGCUUUUACACCCCGCAGGAGGGCGACCGGCCGGUCCCGCAGGAGAUGACGGACUUGCUCACCAAGUGGCGCCCGCACGCCGAAAAGGUCGGGCUAACGCCUGCGACAAGCCAACGCUCCGUGAAGCCCGCCGCGAGCCAAGAGCCUGUAGUCGAUGCGACUGUGGAGGAGCCUGCGCACGACGUCGCCGCCCAGUCUUCACGCGUGGAACCGGUCGCGGACGCGUGGACAGACUUGCACUUCAUCCCACAGGAACCCCCGCGCUCCGCACCGUCUGCAACGGCGUCGUCCACCACAGUCGAAGCGGUUUCCGCGACAGCAGAGGAAGUCGUCGAGUUCGAACCCGAGCCUCAAUCUCAGCACGCCGCCGCUCCGGAUGCGUCGAAGCGCUUGACGGGCAAGGCGAGGAUCCUGGAGCUUGCGCGGCGCAACGCGCGUGCGCCGCUCAUAGACGCGGCUGCGAAGGCGGCUAAGGAGGCGGAGGAAGCGGAGAAGGCGGAGGCGGAGGCGGCAAAGGAAGCAGCGGAGGCCCAGGACAACGAGACGAUCCGCAAGCGGCUACUCAAGCUUCUGGGCGGUGGCUGGCGGUGA